AUGAACUUGUGCCUUCGAGCCAAGGCCGUCGAAGUGGUGACGAUCGGCAAUGGCGUCCAGCCCCCUGAGGUGCCAGAGGAUUCCAACCUCCGCGGCCGCGCUGCGGAGAUGCAUCGUCAGCUCAGCCAUAUGAAGGAGCCGAUAGUGGCGCCACGCGACCUGCUCAUCAUAAACUUGGACUUCGAGGGUGUGGAAACCUUGGCGGAGGGGCCCUUGUGGAUACCCCGGCAAAGGACCGCCACCUCCACCACCGCUUCUACAUCCGUCACACAAUCCCACAUCAACGCACCGCAAGCGAAUCCGUCCCCUCCCGCUUCUAAAGCUGCCGCCCCCGGCAGCCGCAGCUGUAGAAGUAGUACUAGUAGUACUAGUAUUAGUAGUGGUGAAGAGCCAUUACCGUCAGUUCGCGGUGGCGGGUGUGGACGUGCUGCCUGCUCAAUGCCAGACUCGGAACUGGAGAACCAGAGAGCCACCGCCAAUGCAGCUGUAGCACAGCUAGCGGAAGCCCCCGCCGGUCCGUUUGCGGUGGCAGCGGCAGCCGCCGGAGCGGCAUCAGCGGCCGCGGCGGCGGAAUGGGGUGGCGGCGGCGGCAAGGGGGGCUCUUGGCUGCCCGCCGCCAGCGGCGGCGCCGCUACCUGCGGCGGCCGUACAUCGUGCGAGGGACGACAAGCGCCGCUCACGCGGGGUUUCGUGCGGGUGAAGAGCGUCCGGCCGCCGGAAGGUCUGUCCUGGACACACAGUCGCAAAUGUCUGGAGGCGGUGUCGCACAUUUUGGAGCAACGAGAAACGUUCAAGGCGUUUCUGGGGGAAGACUUUGACCAGUAUGUACGGCAAAUGGAGCGGAGCGGCACGUGGGGGGACGAGCUGACGUUGCGCGCUGUGUGUGACUCGUUCGGUCUGACGGUGCACGUGGUGACCAGUGAGGAGGACCACUGGUACCUCACCUACGAGCCGGAGUGCAGGAAGCUAGACAGGGAGAUAUUCCUGACGUACAUAGCCCCCAUACACUACAACUCAAUAAAGAUGAGGGUGGGGGACGCGGCUCCUUCGCGACUUGGCGACUGCGCUCCCGACUGGAACCCGAUCCCAUCCCUGUGGCUGCGACGGCGCUCCUCUCUGAAGACUAUGGCCCUCAACGUGAGCCGGAGCUUCCGGAACAUGGGCAUCCUCAGCGCCACGGGGCCAGGUCUGG